GCUUGUUGUUGUUGUUGUCGGCAAAAUGGCGUCUGGCGGUGAGGCCCCGGAAUCAUGGUACCUAGCCUUGCUUGGGUUUGCAGAGCACUUCCGCACCUCUAGCCCCCCUAAAAUUCGUCUUUGCGUCCACUGUCUUCAGGCAGUUUUUCAGUUCAAGCCUCCGCAAAGGGUCGAAGCCCGAACUCACCUUCAGCUCGGCUCAGUCCUUUAUCAUCACACCAAGAACAGCGAACUCGCCCGGAACCACUUGGAGAAAGCGUGGUUCAUAUCGCAACAAGUCCCACAGUUUGAAGAUGUUAAAUUUGAAGCGGCAAGUCUUCUUUCAGAACUGUACUGCCAACAGAAUUUGGUGGAUUCUGCAAAGCCUUUACUGCGAAAGGCAAUUCAGAUCUCGCAGCAAACUCCCUACUGGCACUGCCGAUUGCUGUUUCAGCUUGCGCAACUGCACACCCUUGAGAAGGAUCUGGUGUCUGCCUGUGACCUUCUAGGCGUAGGAGCAGAAUAUGCAAGAGUCGUGGGUUCUGAAUACACCAGAGCACUGUUUCUCUUGAGUAAAGGAAUGCUGCUGUUGAUGGAGCGGAAACUGCAGGAGGUGCACCCCCUGCUCACACUCUGCGGCCAGAUCGUGGAGAACUGGCAGGGGAACCCCAUUCAAAAGGAGUCUCUGAGGGUGUUCUUCUUAGUGUUGCAGGUCACACACUAUCUGGAUGCUGGACAGGUGAAGAGUGUGAAGCCAUGCUUGAAGCAGCUACAACAGUGCAUUCAGACCAUCUCCACACUCCAUGAUGAUGAGAUACUGCCAAGCAAUCCUGCUGACCUGUUCCACUGGCUACCUAAGGAGCACAUGUGUGUGCUUGUCUACCUGGUCACAGUCAUGCACUCCAUGCAAGCAGGGUAUUUGGAAAAGGCACAGAAGUAUACAGACAAAGCACUCAUGCAAUUAGAAAAACUAAAAAUGCUGGACUGCAGUCCCAUUCUCUCCUCAUUCCAAGUGAUACUACUAGAACACAUCAUCAUGUGUCGACUAGUCACUGGCCACAAAGCAACAGCAUUACAAGAGAUCUCCCAGGUUUGUCAGCUGUGCCAACAGUCGCCCAGGUUAUUCUCCAACCAUGCUGCUCAGCUUCACACUUUACUAGGUCUGUAUUGUAUCUCUGUGAACUGCAUGGACAAUGCAGAAGCCCAGUUCACCACAGCAUUGCGGCUGACCACACACCAGGAGCUGUGGACAUUCAUCGUGACAAACCUGGCCAGCGUUUACAUCAGGGAGGGAAACAGACACCAGGAGCUGUACAGUCUUUUGGAGAGGAUAAAUCCAGAUCACAAUUUCCCUGUAAGCUCACACUGUCUGCGGGCGGCAGCCUUCUACAUUCGGGGACUCCUGUCUUUCUUCCAAGGGCGGUACAAUGAGGCAAAGCGGUUCUUGCGAGAAACACUGAAGAUGUCCAAUGCUGAAGACCUGAAUCGACUGACAGCCUGUUCUCUCGUUUUGCUGGGCCAUAUAUUCUAUGUGCUGGGCAACCACAGGGAGAGCAACAACAUGGUGGUCCCAGCCAUGCAGCUUGCCAGCAAGAUCCCUGACAUGUCUGUCCAGCUGUGGUCUUCAGCUCUGUUGAAGGACUUGAACAAGGCCUGUGGGAACACGAUUGAUGCACAUGAGGCGGCUCAAAUGCACCAAAACUUCUCCCAGCAGCUUCUGCAGGACCACAUUGCUGCCUGCAGCCUCCCAGAGCACAACCUCAUUAGUUGGACUGAUGGCCCUCCCCCGGUGCAGUUUCAAGCCCAGAAUGGCCCUACCACCAGCCUGGCCAGCCUGCUAUGAGUCCAGCUGGGACAACAUACAAAAGAACUCUGCUGGCUCUUGCCUGAAUUUUAUCUACAAUUGUUUCAAUAUUAACUUAUGGUUCUUUCCAUGGUAUGAAUAUAAUGGAGAAUGGAGAGGGGUCAAGGAAGGGAAGGGGAAUUUCUCAUUACAGAUUUUAUCUGGGAUACUGAGCAUCUUUCAGCUGGGAUACAGAGAGAGACUGGGGCAAAGGUGGAGGAGAGGCACGUCACAGACAAGGCGAUGGUGGAGAUGGAGAGCUUGACUCCCCCCUACCUCAAGAUGACAGCCACUGACACUGCAUGAUAUGGACCAGACUUGCACAUGGGGAGGUGGCAAUAGCAUCAAGGCCAGACCAAACACUUCCAGGCAUAUGAAGACAAUAUUAUCAAUGAAAGGCUCUCAAACAUGGGAAAACAAGGCUUGCCAAGGGUGAGUUUUCCAGCAUUACCUCAGGUUCCCAAAACUGAUUUGGAAGUGUUUGCAAAAGGAGGCCCACAAAUGGAAACUAAAUGGGAACUGGGGACAGCAUCUACUUGCUGUCAAAACACAAGUUGAACCUCUUGGCACUGUUCUCUGGCUUUCAGGGGUCGUGAGGAUGAAUACCACUCAAACCGACAAAGGACUUUCACACAGUAAUAUGCCUAUUGUUUUUACUUACUUAUAUGCAGCUACAAUUGUGGUGGAUAUUUGAACCUGACCAUGCUAA